UCUCCUCGAUCGCGUACGUACCUCGAUCGAUCGACCAACCGACCUACCAUGGAGACGGGCAUCGGAUCCGUGGACGGGCCCAAGGGGGCGCCGAGCGGCGCCGUAGCUUGCCCGGCGACGUUCCCGGCGUCGUCGCCCACCUUCGUCGGCUCCCCGGAGGCCACGCUGGGCCGCCACCUUGCGCGGCGCCUGGUGCAGGUCGGCGUGGGCGACGUGUUCGCCGUGCCGGGCGACUUCAACCUGACCCUCCUCGACUACCUCGUCGCCGAGCCCGGGCUGCGCCUCGUCGGCUGCUGCAACGAGCUCAACGCCGGCUACGCCGCCGACGGGUACGCGCGCGCUAAGGGCGUCGGCGCGUGCGCCGUCACCUUCACCGUCGGUGGGCUCAGCGUGCUCAACGCCAUCGCCGGCGCGUACAGCGAGAACCUCCCCCUGAUCUGCAUCGUCGGCGGGCCCAACUCGAACGACUACGGCACCAACCGGGUUCUUCAUCACACCAUCGGCCUCCCUGAUUUCUCUCAGGAGCUGCGGUGCUUCACGCCGGUGACGUGCUACCAGGCCGUCGUCAACAACCUCGACGACGCCCACGAGCAGAUCGACAAGGCUAUCUCCACGGCUCUCAAGGAGAGCAAGCCGGUGUACAUCAGCGUCAGCUGCAACCUCCCCAGCGCCCCCCACCCCACCUUCAGCCGCGACCCCGCCCCCUACUUCCUCGCACCAAGCGCCGUCAUCGCCGAGACGGGCGACUCGUGGUUCAACUGCCAGAAGCUCAAGCUCCCCGACGGCUGCGGGUACGAGUUCCAGAUGCAGUACGGCUCCAUCGGGUGGUCGGUCGGGGCGCUGCUUGGCUACGCGCAGGGCGCCACUGACAAACGUGUCAUCGCUUGCAUCGGCGACGGCAGCUUCCAGGUGACGGCGCAGGACGUGUCCACCAUGCUCCGCUGCGGCCACAACAGCAUCAUCUUCCUCAUCAACAAUGGCGGCUACACCAUCGAGGUCGAGAUCCACGACGGGCCGUACAACGUCAUCAAGAACUGGAACUACACCGGCCUCGUCGACGCCAUCCACAACGGCGACGGCAAGUGCUGGACAGCCAAGGUGACGUGCGAGGAGGAGCUGACGGCGGCCAUCGACACGGCGACCGGGGACAAGAAGGACUGCCUGUGCUUCAUCGAGGUGGUGGCGCACAAGGACGACACCAGCAAGGAGCUCCUCGAGUGGGGAUCCAGGGUCUCCGCCGCGAACUCCAGGCCACCCAACCCGCAGUAGACCACACUAGUAGCAGAUCUAGAUUUUUGAUGAUUU